AUGGCAUCCACCGCCCCAGACAGCGGCGCCACCCCCGUCAAGCGCGGCCGCGGCCGCCCCCCCAAGCCGGAGCACGAGAAGAAGCCGAAGCCGGUGCCUAGCGGGCGUGGGAGGGGAAGGCCCAAGGGGAGUGGUGGUGGUGUGAAGAAGAGUGCUGCGGCGACGCCGAAGAAGACGGAGACGACGGCUAGGGCGAAGGCUAUGAAGGCGAAUGCUGAUAAGGUGGAGGCUGAGGCUGAGGCGGCGAAGGUUAAGGCUGGUAAUGCUGGGGGUACAGGGAAGAAGAGAGGGCGGCCGUCGGGGGGAGCGGCUACGGUUAAGAAGACGGAGAGUGUUAAGAGGGGGGGGCCGAAGGUAGGGGGAAGAAGAAGGAGGUUAGUGUGGAGGCGGAGGAGGAGGAGGAGGAGGAGGCGGGGGGGGAUGAGGGAGGGGAGGGGGAGGGCGAGGAGAGUUCUUAGGAGGACUGGAAAGGACUGGAGAGUGGUGAGGAUGGGGAGGAGGAGGACGAGGAGGACGAGGAGGACGAGGAGAUGGAGGAUUAGGGAGGGGGAUUCGUCUCUUUUGUAUGGUGUGGGUUAUUGGGGUGGGGUUAGGCGUGUGAAAGUGCGUAAUGGAGUGUACUUAUCUGCUAGGGAAGUGUCGUGUUUUUGGGGGAGAUCAAAGGCUUUUCAUUAA